AAUAGAUUGAUUCCUGCACAUUGUGGGAAACACAGCGUCUCCAGCAGCCUGGAGUCUGACAGUCUCAAAGCAUGGAACCUUUGGACCUGCUGGGCUUUCUAAUCACCACGUUAAAUUACAAUGUGACUAUUGUAGGAAAGCUCUGGCUUGUCGUCAUGAUCCUGCUGAGGAUGCUGAUGAUCAUUUUGGCAGGGUACCCCAUCUACCAAGACGAGCAGGAAAAGUUUGUCUGCAAUACUCUGCAGCCAGGGUGUGCUAAUGUCUGCUACGACAGCUUCUCCCCGGUGUCGCACUUCCGGUUCUGGCUGCUGCAGAGCGUGUCCGUCCUCCUUCCUUACUCGCUCUUCAGCGUCUACGUGCUCCACCGAGGAGCCAUGCACGCGGUCUUCCGACGCUCCCGGGCCGAGAGCCGCCCAGGGGGCCCGGACCCGUCGCCCCAAAGGAUGCUAGCCAUCCCAGACUUCUCCCCCGGCUACGUCGCCCACCUGCUGCUCCGCAUCCUGAUCGAGGCCGCGUUCGGGACCUUGCACUACAUCCUCUUCGGCUUCGUGGUUCCAAUGAAAUUCUCUUGUUCCGCCGCGCCCUGCGGCAGCAAGGUGGAAUGUUACGUCUCCCGGCCCACGGAAAAGUCCAUCAUGAUGCUGUUCACCUGGGGCGUCAGCGGCCUGUCCUUCCUCCUCAGCGUCGUGGACCUAAUAGGCAGCGUGCGGAGGAUGGGGCGCCGGCGGCUGGCCGCUGCUACCUGCAGGAGGGAGCACCUCGCCCUGCUCUCCCUCGCGGGCCACGUGGAGGAGCGUCGUCCCAUCAGCAAGGACGCUGGGUGGGAGGAGGGGGAGGGGGUGAAGGUGCCCACGUGCCCAGGCUUGUGGGCCGCAGAGGAGGACGCCGGGCCCCACCUCCACAGCCCCAGUGAGAAGUCGGGCAUGUCUGGGAGGAUGGAGCUUCCAGACGAGGCGGGGAGGGAGGUGGUGUCCUUGGCCAGUGAGGAGCUGGCCAGUGCCCAUCAAGGGCUCCGGGGCAGAGGGCACAGAGGGGUCACCCAGGACCCAGGGACGGAAGGCCCCUCUAACUGGGGAGGGCCCCCUUCAGCUCCCCGGAGCCGGCUGGCGGGGCAGUAUGCCUCCAGCAAGCUCCAGCCGCAGGACCGGCUGUCCAGUUCCAGCAGUGCGGCCUGCCUGGGAGCCAAGAAGUCUGAAUGGGUGUGAGGAGGGAAGGCUUGGAGCUGGGGGUGGACCGAGCACCCGAAGCCACUGCUCUCUCUGAACGGAAACACCACAGUGGCAUUUGAGAAAUCCUGUCACUUGACUGAUUCUCUGAGAUUAACCAGCAGAAAGUCAAACUGCCUUCGAGACUAGUGGGAAACUCUAAUGCAGCCUCAGUAACAGUUUUAGUUUAGAUAAUUCUUUCUGUUGAGCAAAUUAUUUGACGACCAAAUGCUGACAAGAAAGAAGCUACCAUGACUUACUGAAGGGUGUCGGGUAUUGCUUACCUUGAAACACAGUCAUCCUGUCCAUGUACCUUAUAGGACACAGAAGUGCCCCUGUGGGUUUCCGAGAAUGGAACCCUGGAUGGAAGCAGAAAGCCCUGCUUUCUCCUGUCGGGUGGCUGGUGGCUUUGAACUGCCGACCUUUCAGAUCACAGCCCAGCAUGUAACCUUUAUAAUUGGAAUACUUAGGUUGGUCCUAUUAAUUCUCUACCAUAAUGUGUGCUUAGUGUACAGUAUCUUCUCUUGAAUUAGUAGGACUCAUUAAUUUUGUAGUGCUUUCUGGUGAAUUGUGCUGAAGAUUUUUGGUUUCGCAUGUUUUUGCUCCUUGGAGGAAAGAGGCAUGUGUGUCGUCAAUAGAGAGUUGUCAAUUGGAGUUUAAUUUACCCACACCUCUUUAAUAAAAAGGCAUGCAUUGUAA